UUUAGUUUGCAAGAGUGAGUUCCCUUUGACUGCAGUGAUGGCGACAACACUUUUCAAGAUUGUUCGCUUACAAAAUAUCAACCCCUUAUAUAAAACUGUCACACCUCGCAUAUCACAGGGCUUGAAAUGUUUCUCAACCAGUAAACAACGUGAUGCCAAGUUCUAUAAGAAUGCAGAUGAAGCUGUGUCUGAUAUUCCUGAUGGAUCCAAACUUCUGGUUGGAGGCUUUGGUCUUUGUGGCAUCCCAGAAAACCUGAUCCGUGCUUUGAUUGACAAACAAGUUGAGGGUCUAACUGUUGUCAGCAACAAUGCAGGCGUUGAUGAUUUUGGACUAGGUCUUCUGCUGAAAAAAAGACAGAUCAAGCGCAUGAUCUCAUCUUAUGUUGGAGAAAAUGCUGAGUUUGAGCGCCAAUAUUUAUCUGGGGAGUUGGAAGUGGAACUGACACCACAGGGCACUCUUGCUGAGAGGGUCCGUGCUGGUGGUGCUGGUGUUCCAGCCUUCUUCACACCCACUGGUGGCACGCUCAUACAUGAAGGCGGGGCACCCAUCAAAUACAACUCAGAUGGUUCCAUUGAUAUUGCCAGCAAUCCAAGGGAGAGUCGAACUUUCAGUGGUGUCCCAUACAUCAUGGAGGAGGCUAUUACAGGGGAUUUUGCCUUGGUAAAGGCCUGGAAGGCUGAUAAAGCAGGAAAUCUCACAUUCAGGAAGACAGCACGGAACUUCAACCCACCAAUGUGUAAAGCUGCAAACAUUACCAUAGCCGAGGUGGAAGAGAUUGUGGAUGUUGGAGAAAUCCCUGCAGAAGAUGUCCAUGUACCCCACAUUUAUGUGCAGCGUGUCAUCCGUGGACCAAAGUAUGAAAAGAGGAUUGAGAGGUUGCGUCUGACGAAGGAAAAAUCUGGAGAUGAAUCUCAUGAUGCCGGUGCUCUGAUGAGGGAGAGAAUAAUAAAGAGAGCUGCUGUGGAGUUCCUUGAUGGCAUGUAUGUGAACCUCGGUAUUGGAAUGCCGAUGUUGGCCAGCAACUUCAUCCGCCCUGGUAUCAACGUCAACCUGCAGAGUGAGAACGGCAUCCUGGGACUGGGUCCAUUUCCACGGCCCGGUGAGGAGGAUGCAGACCUCAUCAAUGCAGGCAAGGAAACUGUAACUAGCAUAGAGGGAAGCUCAUAUUUCUCCAGUGAUGAGUCUUUCGCCAUGAUCAGAGGGGGCCAUGUAAGUCUGACCAUCUUGGGAGCAAUGCAGGUAUCCAGAUAUGGGGAUUUAGCAAACUGGAUGAUUCCGGGGAAGAUGGUAAAGGGGAUGGGUGGUGCCAUGGACCUUGUGUCAAGCCACAAGACAAAGGUCAUUGUGACAAUGGAGCAUGCUGCAAAGGGUGGGAAACACAAGAUCCUGUCAGAGUGCACCCUUCCGCUGACUGGCAAGCAGUGUGUAGAUAUGAUCAUCACAGAGAAGGGAGUGUUCACAGUGAGCCCUGAGGAAGGGCUGACACUGACCGAGAUCGCUGAUGGUGUGACUGUAGAGGACAUUGUGGAGACAACAGGGGCUGAGUUCCAGGUGUGCCCUAACCUCCAGCCCAUGGCUCAGGUUCAGGUGUAGGUCCACUGUACGGUGUACGCCAGGAGACAGUCAGUGCUGGUGUCAUGGUCCACAUGCAGACAAACAGUUGGAGCAGCUGGAGAUACUGACUACAACAUGCAGCUAUUAUUUACAGUGUGAUACUAGACAUCUCUGGGAUUGUUCACAUAUACAAACUUAAAGGAAUGACACAAUAACAACACUUGUGGAACCAUCUGUGACAAUUUAAGUGCAUGAGUCACCUGUCAUAGUACAUGUUUGGAGGUGUUGGUAAUAUUUGUCUGAGAAGUGAAAUGACUGCCCUUAUGACAUUUUUGUACUGGCACAUCCACAUAUGAAUUAGGAUGUAAAUCAGGAAAGACUGUAAACAGGUUUCACAUAUCUGUUAGUUGUUGAAGAAAGCAAUUGUUGCCUCAUUCUCUUAUGCUUUUAAUUGUUUUAUGUAAUUAAGACCCAGGCUGGAGAUUAUUUCACAGUAUUAUGUCAUGUAUAGAAUCAGUUACAUAGUCAAUUCUUAAUCAAACGUUAUACUAAAUGUAAAAUGGAGCACCAAAAGCUUUCUAACAGCUUGUGUUGCCACAGGUUUAAGGAGAACUUGUAUGCUUGGAUUGUGUAGGAUGUCCAUGCUUGUCUAAAAUGUAUGCAAGUAUAGGUUCCCCAGGCGUUUGAGAUGCCACAAAUCUCUGUGCAGAAUUACAUCACUAGGGUAGGAUUGAAACCUAUGGUAGAUGGCUUGAGUCUCAGGUUUCCUCAGUAGUCUGUCUGAACCAUGCCUGUGCUUGGACCUCCCUCACACCACUCUUCCUCCUACAAUAAGCUGACACAAUGUGAUAUAACUGGAAUACAGUUUAAGCAGCUUUAACCAAACUCCCUGACUCGAUCUGUGACAAGAUCUAUCCACGCUUUAUGUAGUGGGAUGUUGCCUGUGCAGCCAAACAAAUCUCAGAUCUUGUGGUAGUUGAAAUUCAAAUAUGACUGCCCUUUCUGCAGAUCACUUUUUCACUUUUUGUAGUGUGUAUCAUAUCCUACAACUGCUUGUAGUCUUGUAUGUAAUCUGGUGUUGGAUUAUUGACUGUAUAGAGUGUGUUUAGAGGUUUAUUUUCAUAUGUGUUUAAUAAGCAGAACAAAAUCAAAUCCCAGCGAACUUAAAGUGGAGGAUAUGACUGAACUUUGUUAGAUACCGGUACAGUUCUGUGUUGGUGGUAGAGAAGGAUCUAACACACAACUUUGUUAGAUACCGGUACAGUUCUGUGUUGGUGGUAGAGAAGGAUCUAACACACAACUUUGUUAGAUACCGGUACAGUUCUGUGUUGGUGGUAGAGAAGGAUCUAACACACAACUUUGUCAGAUACCGGUACAGUUCUGUGUUGGUGGUAGAGAAGGAUCUAACACACAACUUUGUUAGAUACCGGUACAGUUCUGUGUUGGUGGUAGAGAAGGAUCUAACACACAACUUUGUCAGAUACCGGUACAGUUCUGUGUUGGUGGUAGAGAAGGAUCUAACACACAACUUUGUUCAAGAUGCAUGAUGUUUAUGAUGGUUCAGUGUGUGUGGUUGAGUGUGGUCAUAGGGUCGGGGCAUUGGUGUUUCAAGUCUGUAAAUGACUUUUUAGGUCCAGUUUUAAUGAAAGUAUUUCCUUUUAGAUGUACUUACAUUUCUUUUUACACAUAGGAUCAUUUUUAAUUUGUAACCUUUUAAUAGGGACUUCUCAACAUAGAGUGUAAUAUGUCCAUAUUGUUCGAGGAAGAAUGUUUUUAUGCAACUGAAAAUUGGAAGACUGAAGUUAUACAGAACAGUCAAACUAGGGAGUUUGACUCUCUCUUAACACUGGGAUGAAGAAUAGAAAGAUUGUGAUGAGAUGUAAAGAAUGAAAUAAAAAUUUUAUCAGCA